GGGUUGCAUGGGAUGGGAAGAGGUGAUAAGCAGCUGUCAAAGAUGUGAAGGGAGCAGGAGUUGUGAUCUAGAAGAACAUCACUUCCUUAUUACAUGAUAAGGAAAACAUGGCGAAUUUAAGUUCUCUGCAGGCUGCUCUGAUCAACACUCAGGCUCACCGGGCUGAGAUCUUGGAAAAUCCACUCCGGACCUAUCUUGUGGGAAUCAUCAUCUCUAUAUGUGGGAAUGUCCUCAUCAGCAUUUCACUUAACAUACAGAAAUAUGCCCACGUCCGUCAGUCUCAGCGUGGCUCCAAGCCUUACUACACCUCUGUGCUGUGGUGGUGUGGUGUGGUUCUCAUGGGUAUCGGGGAACUGGGGAACUUUGCUGCCUACGGCUUUGCCCCAGCAUCACUCAUAGCCCCGCUGGGCUGUGUGUCUGUCAUAGCCAGCGCUGUCAUAUCUGUGGUUUUCCUCAAGGAGACGGUCCGAGCCUCUGACAUUGUUGGUGGAACUCUGGCAAUAACAGGAACGUACCUCCUGGUGACCUUUGCCCCCCACACUUCUACACACAUCACUGCCCAUCUGGUCCAGUACAAUGCCAUCAGCUGGCACUUCCUGCUUUACUUAGUUAUAGAGGUGGUCAUCUUUUGCAUCCUGCUUUAUCUGUACAAGAGGAGGAAUGUGAAGCACAUCGUCAUCGUGAUGCUGCUGGUAGCCCUGCUCGCCUCUCUAACAGUCAUCUCAGUCAAAGCUGUGUCAGGGAUGAUCACAGAGUCGAUAAAAGGCCAGCUGCAGCUCAUCUACCCCAUCUUCUACGUCAUGCUUGUCGUCAUGGUUGCCUCCUGUGCCUUCCAGAUCAAAUUUCUUAAUCAGGCGAUGAAAAUGUUUGAUGCCACAGAGGUGGUUCCUAUCAACUUUGUGUUUUUCACCGCUAGUGCCAUUGUUGCAGGGAUAGUAUUUUACCAGGAAUUUGAAGGCUUGGCUUUACUGAACAUUUUUAUGUUCCUUUUUGGCUGUCUUCUGUCGUUCCUUGGAGUUUUCCUCAUAGCCCGAAAUAGGCCAAAAAUAAAGCAACAGGAUCGCAAUUUUAUUCCAAUGGAUAAGAUUCCUGGGAGGAGCCACACAGACAAAGUGCAGCCUGAGGCAAAGACUCUGACAUACGGAUCACUGGCAGCCAAACUCAUGUGCAACAGAGCUGGCCAAACAGACGAUUCAUAGGACCAGCUCCAUCUGUUGAGACUGUAUUUUUGUGGAUUUGUGUGUGCGUGCGUGCCUCAUCCUGGGUACUUCAAUAUCACUCUAUUUAUAGAAAUGAAAUGUUAAGCAUCAACUCAACCUAGUUCCAGCUGAGUGCCAGUAUUGGUGGUCAGUGCAUCUCAUUAAACAGCUCUAGUUAUCCAAAAAACAUUUCUGUAUUAUCUUGUGUUAACAGUUUUCAGUCUUCAGCAGGGAAAUAACCUGAUAAGAAAAACAUACUAUAAAUGAUAUGAAACACCUCAGGAUCAAAGUGCAACAUUAAUUGCAAAUUUUAAUUUAAAAAAAAAAAAGCAGGUCGAGGAGGCCACUGUGACCAAUGCCUCCCAAAAUAUUAUAUGUAUUAUGUCUAUC